AUGGAAUGUAUUCAAAGUACGUCUCAAGUGGCAGCUGGAAAUGAACUUGCUCAAAUGCCUCUGAUACCUGGGCUUCCUGAUGACAUCGCUCUUUCCUGCUUGGCAAGACUUCCACGGAAGUUCCACACAGUCUUGAAAUGCGUGUCUAAGCGGUGGAGAGACUUAGUUUGUAGUGAUGAGUGGUAUUCUUACAGGAGAAAGCAUAAACUUGACGAAGCAUGGAUCUAUGCUUUGUGUAGAGACAAACAGGAACGUAGUUUCUGUUAUGUGUUAGACCCCAAUUCCUCACAAAGAUGUUGGAAGCACAUUCAAGGCAUUCCCCCGCAAAUUUCAAAGCGAAAAGGCAUGGGAUUUGAAACGCUCGGGAAGAAGAUUUACUUUUUGGGAGGUUGUGGUUGGGUUGAAGAGCCUACUGAUGAAGUGUACUGCUAUGAUGUUUCUGCCAACACAUGGAAUGAAACUACUUCAUUGUCAAUUGCGAGGUACAUGCAUAAAUGGUUGAUCUCUCACGUGGACCCUAACCUCGUUCCUGACAUAGAAGAUUCUGUGGUAUUGGAUGGGCAAAUAUAUAUCCGAUGCGGUGGUUCUUCACUUUUGUCUCAUGUCUAUGCCAUUGUGUACGAACCAUCGAGGGGCUCGUGGCAACAUGUGGACGCUGACAUCGCGUCUGGCUGGAAAGGUCCAGCAGUCGUCAUAGAUGGGACUCUUUAUGUGUUGGAUCAAAGUUCUGGACUAAGGCUGAUGAAGUGGCAGAAGGAAAGCAAGGAUUGGGUGGUGGUUAAGAGACUGUCACAGCUAUUAACUCAACCUCCUUGCCGACUUGUUGCAAUUGGCAAGAGAUUAUUUGUCAUAGGGAAGGGGCUUAGCACGCUGGUGUUCGAUGUGGACCAGAGUGAAAACGCAGGAAGAAUAAUGGUAGGAUCUUCCAUAUCCAAGUUGACUUCUGAUUAUGAUGUAAUUAGCUGUAAAGUUGUAGCACUAUAA